AUGGCAACUCUCAAGAACUUUUGCGCAAACAUCUUCUACUGUUGCUCUAGCCGCAGCUCAGUCGAUUACGAGAAUGUGCUGGCCGACAGCGAGCGCGAGGCAGUCACCGACUUGCUGAAUUUCCUCGAAAACAGACAAGAAACAGACUUCUUCACCGGCGGCCCUCUCAAUGCCCUCAGUACUCUGGUCUACUCACAUAAUAUCGACCUGCAACGAAGCGCCAGUCUGACCUUUGCCGAGAUCACCGAGCGAGAUGUGCGCGCUGUUGACAAGAACACCCUCGAGCCCAUCCUCUUCCUUUUAGAGAGCAGUGAUAUCGAGGUUCAAAGAGCUGCUAGUGCCGCCUUGGGCAACCUCGCCGUAGAUGCACACAACAAGAUCCUAAUCGUCCAGCUAGGAGGCCUCCAACCGCUGAUCAGACAGAUGAACUCGAGUAAUGUUGAAGUUCAGUGCAACGCCGUGGGCUGCAUCACCAACCUGGCCACUCACGAAGACAACAAGGCAAAGAUUGCUCGUUCAGGUGCUCUUGCUCCUUUGACGAGGCUCGCAAAGUCAAAAGACAUGCGCGUCCAACGGAAUGCUACCGGCGCUCUCUUGAACAUGACCCACUCAGAUGACAACCGACAACAACUCGUCAACGCUGGCGCAAUCCCCGUCUUGGUCCACCUUCUUACAUCUCCCGACACAGACGUUCAGUACUACUGUACCACCGCCCUCAGCAACAUUGCCGUUGAUGCCUCAAACCGCAAGCGCCUGGCCCAGACCGAGCCCCGUCUUGUACAGUCAUUGGUCAACCUUAUGGACGGCCACGCCCCCAAGGUCCAAUGUCAAGCUGCUCUUGCUCUGCGCAACCUCGCCUCGGAUGAGAAAUACCAGCUCGAGAUUGUGCGCAACGGUGGCCUCGGUCCCCUUCUUCGCCUCCUCCAAUCCGCCUUCCUCCCUCUUAUCCUCUCCGCCGUCGCCUGUAUCCGCAACAUCUCUAUUCACCCCAUGAACGAAUCUCCCAUCAUCGAUGCAGGUUUCCUCAAGCCUCUGGUCCAUCUCCUUGGAAGCACCGAUAACGAGGAAAUCCAAUGCCACGCCAUUUCUACCCUUCGCAACCUUGCUGCUUCAUCAGACCGCAACAAGCAACUCGUCCUGGAAGCUGGUGCUGUACAGAAGUGUAAGGAGCUUGUCUUGGAAGUCCCGGUUAACGUCCAGAGCGAGAUGACUGCUGCUAUUGCUGUUCUUGCUUUGAGUGACGAGCUGAAGCCUCAUCUCCUGAGUCUUGGUGUCUUUGAUGUUUUGAUCCCUCUGACCGAAAGUGAGAGUAUUGAGGUGCAAGGAAACAGUGCUGCUGCUCUGGGUAACUUGUCAAGCAAAGGUAAGACAUCCGAAACUUCGGCUCCUCAAUCACCUGCUGACGGUUACUCAGUGGGUGACUACUCGAUCUUCAUGACCAACUGGCAAUCUCCCUCUGGUGGUAUUCACGGCUACCUGUCUCGCUUCCUCGCAUCAGGCGAUGCAACCUUCCAACACAUCGCCAUCUGGACUCUGCUGCAAUUGCUCGAGAGCAACGACACCCGUCUUGUUAGUACUAUUAACUCGGCCGAGGAUGUCAUGCAAAUGGUCCAAGAGAUCUCCGAGAGACAAGUCGAGAGCGACAAUGAGGACGGCAGCGAGGAUGGUGAAGCUGAAGUUGUCGGUCUCGCUCGCCGCUGUCUCGAAAUCUCGAGCGGAGAAGGCAACAAGAAGGCCUUGUCCGAAGGUUGA